CAUAUAGGUGAAACUAAUAUAAGCGUGUAAAUUACAAUUGCCUAUAUUUUUUGUAAAAGGGUUUUGUUUUACCUAGCACAUUUUUCAUUGUGAAUAGUUUUUUGUUUUGUACUAAUUGCAAUAACUAUCUACUUUAUAGGUACUAAUUAGUUGUAACGUUUUUCUGUGAUAUUUAACGGAUACAUCAGCAUUAAUCCUACUCAAUUGUGAUACAUCAUUUUUUAUUGUUAUCUAUUGUAAAUUGUAUGAAAUUUUGAAUUGUUAUAUUAUAACGUAUCCAAAAUAUUUUACUUAUCAUAGAAAAUAGUGUGUCGUUGGCCAGCGUCACUACAAUAUUAUUACUAAAAAAUGAGGUUUUUGAUGAUUAUAAUCAUUGCUCGAAUUUUUGAAGCAGCAUAUUGUUAUCCAUUUAUUUAUACUCAAAAUGGGCCGAUCAGAGGUCAAACGUUGAAAUCAAGAGAAAAUAGAUCGUAUUAUUCGUUUACAGGAAUUCCAUUUGCAAAACCUCCUAUCGACGAAUAUCGCUUUAAGGCACCAGAACCCCCAGUUCCGUGGAACAUUUCAUUAGAUGCAACUAAUCCACCAAAACCAUGUUUGCAAUUAUUAAGUCUUUUAUUAAAUAUGACAGAUAAGUUGUUAGGCGAUGAAGAUUGCCUUUAUUUAAAUGUUUAUACGCCAAAUAUUAAUGAAAAGUUACCAGUAAUGUUUUGGAUUCAUGGCGGGGGAUUUGUUAUUGGUCAAAGCGGACCUGCUCUUUAUGGUCCUGAAUAUUUUAUGGACAAAAAUGUAGUUUUAGUAACAUCUAAUUACAGACUUGGUUUACUAGGUUUCCUGAGUACUGAAGAUGAUGUUAUACCUGGUAAUUACGGAUUAAAAGAUCAGGUAUUGGCCUUGCGUUGGGUUAAGGAGAACAUUCGUCAAUUUGGUGGUGAUCCAGACCAUGUUACUAUAUUCGGGGAAAGUGCUGGAAGCGCAAGUGUCGGAUAUCAUUUAUUAUCACCAUUAAGUAAAGGGCUAUUUCACAAAGCAAUUAUGCAAAGUGGUUCCCCAUUAUGUAAAUGGGCUAUUGCUGCUCGAGGGGUUGCAUUUCAACGUGCUAAGAGAGUUGCCAAUAUGGCUGGGUGUAAAACAGAUACGUCUCAUGUCAUGCUAAAAUGUUUAAGAUCACUUAAAGCUAGUGUUAUAACACAAAUGUAUCCCGAUUUUUUUGAAUGGGUAAAUAACCCUUUAGUGACAUUUCCUCCUACUGUUGAAAAUUGCAGAUCUGAUGCUUUUAUUUGUGUUAAUCCAUUAGUGAAAUUUCAACAAGAAUCAAAUGUACCAGUUAUUAUUGGAGUUAACUCGGCUGAAGGCGGUUUAAUUGUAGCACCUAUGUAUAAUGAUUCUUCAUUAUUGUAUCCCGAGUUCAAAACGGAUUUUAUAAAAUUAGUAUCCAUUGUAUUAAUGUACAAAGACACUGCUUUACCUGAAGAUACAGUAACUAUUGGAGAAAAAUUACUGAAGAAAUAUUUUUCAUCUGGAAGAGUAGAAGAUCAAUCACAUUUAGAAGCAGUUAAGAUGUUUGGUGAUGGAUUUUUCGUAGAUUGUUCACUUGAUAUGGCUGUCAAACUAUCUUCUAGAGUUUAUUUUUAUUUGUUUGAUCAUCAAAAUGAGUUUUCGUUUAAUAAAGUUUUCGGUAAAUGUCAAAAACCAUUAGGAGUUACACAUGGUGAUGAUCUUAAUCUUUUGUUUAACAUAAAACAAUUUAAUAAAGGUCAAUUAAAUGAUCUCGACACUGAAGUUUCUAAGACUAUGAUAAAUAUUUGGACACAAUUCGCUGCAAUGAAUCUAGUAACUAUUGAUGGAACAUCCUACAGUGAUCCAUGGCCAGCAUUUUCUACUAUUAAUGAUUCAUUGAUUUUACAAAUAGACUCUCCGAAACCAAAAUUGAUAAAAAAUCCAUUUGAAGAAAUUUAUACAUUUUGGCAAAAUCUUCCUCUUUUGACUCGUAUUUUGUCCAAAGUAAAAAAAAAUGCUGAUGCAAAAAAUGAACUAUAAUACAAUUUUAUUGAAGUGUUAAAAAUAAGUGUAUAAUUAUUUAUUAUUUGAUAAUAAAAAUUGAAUGUUAAUACAUA